AAAAUCGACAACUACGACGAGAAUCAACCAAAUUAGUUUUCACAUUGUUAUUUUCGUGCUUUUGCUAUAUGUAUGACGACUCUGUUUGAUUGUUCUUAAGCGCUGUUUGUUUGUUUUCCUGGUUUUACUGUAUUUUCUGUAUUUUUUUUUGUGUUGAAAAAAUCGAAAAUUCUGUGCAAUUUACGUUUAUACAUUCCAAUGUCUGGGUGACUGAGGAGCUGUAAUAUCGGGUAAACGCUCGCUAAUUGGCAGACGGCACGGAAAUCGUCGGAAAUGAAUGAUGCCCGGCUCUUGGCGACUCCGCUGGAUAAAUGCCGCUUGGAAAUGCUGCACGAAUAUGUCCGGGAUCAUUGUCAUCGUGCUCGAAGUGAGGGAGUGGACGUGAAGGCGCGGCGAAAACUGAUCAUAGCCAGCAUUUUGUGUUUGGUUUUCAUGAUUGCGGAAAUCGUGGGUGGCGUCCUAUCGAACAGUCUGGCCAUCGCAACAGACGCCGCACAUUUGCUCACCGAUUUCGCCAGUUUUAUGAUCUCGUUGUUUGCCAUCUGGAUUGCCGGACGCCCAUCUACGCAGCGGAUGUCCUUCGGCUGGUAUCGGGCCGAGGUUAUUGGCGCCAUGGCCUCCGUCUUCAUGAUCUGGGUCAUCACGGGCAUCUUAGUUUGGCUGGCCAUUGGACGACUCAUUAGCGGCGACUAUGAGGUGAAUGCCAAGAUCAUGCUGAUCACCUCGGGACUGGCCAUUUUGGUGAAUGUCAUAAUGGGCGUCCAGCUGCAGCAUGGCCAUUCGCAUGGUCUGGGCGGGGGCGGUGGGCAUGGUCACAGCCAUGGUGGCUCCAAGAAGCCGAAGAAGCAACCCAUCGCAGCCAUCCCCUCCCACGCACAUGCCACCUCCACCCCUUGCUCCGAAUCGCCCUCGCAGCGGAUUGAAGGAGGCGUGGCCUUUGCCCCCGAGGAUGCCGAGUUGCCAGGCAGCGGACUUCCGACGUUCUCUUACCAGAAUGCUAAGCUAGUGGAUCCCGAUCUGGAAAUCGCCGCCGUUCUGGCGGAGACGGCACCCGGUUCGCAUCAUCAUGGCGGACAGGUGGGUCGCGAAGCUGUGAAUAUGAAUGUGAGGGCCGCCCUCAUCCACGUGAUUGGCGAUGUCAUCCAGAGCGUUGGAGUUUUCGUCGCCGCCGGUGUGAUCUACUUCUGGCCAGAGUAUUCCAUUGUGGAUCCCAUCUGCACAUUCGUGUUCUCCAUCAUCGUCCUCUUCACCACUUUCACGAUCAUGAAGGAUGCCCUGCUGGUGCUGAUGGAGGGGACCCCGAACUACAUGCACUACGCGGAGGUGCUGCAGAUUUUCCAAGGCAUCGAGGGCGUUGAGCGGGUGCACAAUUUGCGCAUCUGGGCGCUGAGCAUUAAUAAAGUGGCGCUAUCAGCCCAUUUGGCCAUUGCUGAAAAUGCGAAUCCCAAGAUGAUCCUGGAUGCAGCCACCUCGGCGGUUCACUUGCGCUACAACUUCUUCGAGACGACCAUCCAAAUCGAGGACUAUACGGCCCAAAUGGAGAGCUGCCAGCAGUGCAAUGUGCCCGAGAAGUAGACUUCCUGUUAGAAAAACAUACAAAAACCCAUAAUAUGAUAAUCUAAUUCGAUGUAUAUUCAAUAUUUAUUUUGCUGUACGACCAAUCCGUAUAUAGAGUAAACACAAAUCAACUACAAAAUAUAUACAUUUACGCGCGACUGUUUAUCAGUUUAUCACCUGAA